CGUCAAGAUACAUGGAACAAGCAAGACCGCACUUACAUGUCAGGAUGUGAUUGGCCUAUUGUUUCGCCAUGGCGCGAUAUAUUUCCUUGGAGUACUUGCCUGUGGCCUGCCGGAUGUACUUGCAGUCAGCAUGACAAACAAGAGCGCCGUGUUAGCCACUGAGUUUGGCGACAUUUCUUCGAUGGCAUGGACUUUGGUUGCUUGUAUGCUGGGACCGUGGUUCAUCCUCUCUAUUCGAGAGAACCACGCGUCACAGAUAAACGGCGGUUCCAGCACGACUGGAGAGCUUGUCAGUUCCAUUCUCUUUCAAGUUGGAGCACCACAGGAUGAUGACAUCCUUAUCAUUGGCAACCCUCACCAUGACGAGGAUGACUACUGCUAGGCCGGCAUGUAUCAUUGCCGACGGACUAAAACACCCUGUAUAUUGUAGUUGCUAUGUCGCACUGUAGCAAUAUGUGUGCUCAUGAGUAGUGUACACAUGGACUGAGGUCUGAUCAUACUAUAGAUGUUGAUGUAACCUGUAACAAUAACGGAACCAAUAGCGG